AUGGCUCUUGGUAUUCACACACGGAAGUACAGAGAUCAAGACCAGGCCUGGAGAGUGUUGGGUUUUGUUGCCUCCGUCAAGAAAGCAAAGGCCAAGGGGGGGAAAAUUCUGAAGCAAUCAGGUCAUGUUGCUGCCCAGCAAGCUACUAGUAGUAGUAGUAGUACGACAUUGGAAGAAGAUGACGACGACGAGGAAGAAAGCAAAAAGGUGGCUGAUGAUCAAGGCAAGCCAGCUGAUUUUCAUGCCAUGUUGGAUGUGAUUCUAGAGAGUUUGGUUGAUGUUCAGAAGCGUGGUUUCACUGGGAUUUGCGAUAUAAGGGCAGGACUUGGAAGGAUCUGGAGUUUGUCCCCUAUAUCGCCUUUGUGA